GUCACUAUCACAUCUGUACAUUCUGCGCGCUUGCCUCCUAAUCAAUAUAUUGUCGAAAAUCAGCUGCCUCAUGCUAAUCAAUCACACGAACUGGUCAAAGUGGAAGAUAUCGUCCUUGUUUCGCAAAUGGAUACCAGUGUCUUGGUAAAAGUUCAAGUCGAUAAAUAUGGCGUCGCUCAACAGGUGACGGGCUUCCAAAUUGCAAAUCCCACCUCUGGUUUACAUGGUUUGGCCCUCUCCACCAAGAACCCUGGCAUGGUGUGGCUCACAUUAGAAGUGGACAACAAAUUGGUUUUGAUUGAUCCUGUGGCGGCGUCGGCUACGGAUGCUCCCAAGGUAAUCAAGGAAAUUGAUGUACCUAAGCCCGGCAAUGGUCCUCAUUACAUUGGUGAAUAUGAAUCUGAUCUCUGGGUCAGUCUCAAGGAAAGUUUUGACGUGUUGCGCAUCAACUAUGAGAAUACCACCGAUUACAACAUUUAUAAAGGUGUCCCCCAUCCUAUUUUUGUCGCCCAACAUCCCAUCAACAAGAUGUUCUAUUCUAGUGAAGAUGCGUCCAGCAAACUCAUGAAAAUCAACCCUGAAACUGGCAAAACCACCCAAAUCUCUGUCAAUGCCAGUGCUGGUACGACCCCCGUUGGCAUGAUCAGUGGUCCUAUGGGUAUCUGGUUCACACUUCUUGGUAGUGAGACAGCUGGCACAGGUACCUUUGGUUUUAUCGAUAAAGACGACAAGAUUGUGUACCACAAACUCACGUCUCCCUUGGGCAAGGAUGCCGCCUUGUUACAUCUUGCAUUUGAUGUCGCUUACGAAACCAAUUACAAGAUGUAUCUUUUGUCCUCUUCGAUCAGCAACCCAAAAGCUUUAGAUAUGGUUAUCAAGGUCACAUUUGAUAAGCAAUGGACCACCAUCAAGAAUGAAGAAGUCACUGUGAUUCCUACUCAGCAAUGCGAAGCUCAUCGUCUUUUACCUACUCAAUUCAAUGUCUUUGUCACUGAACUUACUUCCUCCAAAAUGUUUACUUUGUUUAGUCCUUAA